GGAUUUCCUCUGAAAGUAAAAAGAAAUGAUAUCACUAUCUGUAUGUUGUGAAGCCGAUAAUUAUGAAUGCCUAUAGCAAAGAAAAGACCAGCUUUCGUCAUUUGUUCGUCCGGUCGCCUCAUUCAUUGGAAGCGAUAACACAUGCAGAAAGGAUAGGAAUGAUUUCGAUAUUUGUAAGGUUUUGAAACUGCUUACUGAUCCUCAUACUGAUUUUAUGUAUGAGAGGCAUAAAAUAGCGUUAAGAAAUUUGAGGAAUGCGAAUUCGCUUGGUGUUAAAAUAUCUGAACUUGUUUAUUAUCAAAAUAUUUUAAAAGUCUGCGCUGAACGUGCUUCCUAUUUACCGGAUAUAUAUCAUCAAAUUUUGAUUGAAUUAAUUCAAUUAUGUAAUAAAUCAUUUUUAAAAAAAUUUAAUUCCGAUGAAAGGAAUUAUUUUACUGUUGCCAUGGAGUUUAUAAAUCAAUUUGGAUAUUUAUUACAAUUAAAAGAUAAUGAAAUUUGUACGACUAUUUGUAAUGCAUUGGAACAAUUCUAUUUUAAUGAGAUUCAAUUAAAUGAUAUAUAUGAAGAGCUUAAAGUACAACCAACAACAAAAACGUUCAACCAGAAAGUUGUUUGUAACAGUGAUAUCAUUGAAUCAUUAUUAAAAUGUUACUGUGAAACAGAUCCAUGUGAAGAUCUUUGCCUAACUAUACUGAAACUAAUGGAUAAACUAACGAAACAUUCAGAAAUUUGUUCAAAUAAAAUUAUAUCAAAAUUAGGCGCUCAAUUCAUUUGUAAUCGUUUGGUGUUACCAUUUUUAUCAAAUGAGUUACUAUCACGAUCUAUAUCUAUUAUUUGGAACUUAAUUGAUAAUGCAACAAAUGAUACAAUGAAAAUAGAAUGGAUGAAACAAGUUGGAAGUGAAGAAUGUCUAUUAAAACUUCGUGAUAUAUUCUUUACAUUAUUGGCACAAAGUCAUUCAAAUUUAUGUUGUCAUUUACGUAAUGAUAUAUUAACAAUUAUUUUAUUAAUUGUGAAACAUGCUAAUAUGCAUGGUUUAUUAAAAGAAAUACGUUUAAUAGAAUCUGGUUUAAUACGUAGAUUAGUACAUUUAUUAACAUUUGAUGAAUUUAAAUGUAUGAAUCCAUUAUUGAAAAAUUUGAAAUUAUUACCAAAUGAUGAAAAUUUCGAUAUGAAACGAUUAAUUCUUUCAAUACUUAUUGAGAUAUGUGAUGAUCCAGCGGCAAUUUAUACGAUGUCUACAUCAGGUCUAAUUAAAGGUUUAUUUCAAUGGAUAUGUCCAGUGAUACAAACAAACUCACAGCAACAGCAACAACCCGAGCAAAUCAAAUCUGACCUAAAUACAAGUCAAAUAGAAUCAUCCAAUUUGAUAGAUCAUAUCAAUGUCAAUAAUAAUUCAAAUGACAUAAAAUCUCCACCUUUACCACUUAAACAUUGUAGUUCCUAUUCACCAGAUGUAAAAAAACACACCAGUAACCAUGACAACUAUGAUCAUCUCAAUCAAACAUCAACAGUAGAGAAAAUAUCUGAAAAUCCACAUCAACUUGUUCAAUCAUUAGAUCUAUCCAACUAUGAAGAGAACAUGAACAGUAAUGAAUUUUCUGAAAGUAAACAAGAAAUUGAUUUAAUACGUAAAUGGCCACAAGCUUAUUUAGAAGAAUUACAUUUAUAUAUGCUUGAUUCAUUGGCUAUUUUAGCUCCAUAUUUAAUAAAUGAUUGUUUAAAUUAUGGAAUUCCAUCAAGAUUAUUCAUUUUAUUACAAUGGUGUAUAAGUCCAGAACCAUUUCUUGGACAAGGGAAUAGUUUUCAUGGUGUUGGUGGUCGUAAUAGUAAACGUGCGCAAUUACGUUAUUCAUUACGUUUAAUAAGAAGUCUUGUUGAAACGAAUGAUGAGCGUAUUAUUAUGGAUUUUGUCUCUCAAGGUUUUAUUCAAUUUCUUAUACCAUUAAUUUGUCCAAUAUCAUUCAAAAUGAAAUCAGAACGAUCCCAUGAUGAAUUAUUUAAAUUUAAUAAUAAGUUGUUAAUUAAAAAACAUUAUGCUAAAGAAAAUAAUUUCCAAACUAUCUAUUCAGAAUAUCAAGAAUAUUUAAAACAAACAAAAGAGAUUAUGGAAGAAGAUAUUAUAGGAUUAGAAAUGCAAUGUGAUAUACUACUUAUAUUAUCAAAAUUAUGCGGUGAUACAGUUGAAAGAAAACAAAUGAUCGGUGAAGAUGGUAUUAAUUCAAUUAUUAAAUUAAUAAAACAAUUAACAAAACGUUUUGCAUUUAUUAAAUCUAUUCAAUAUCGUUUACUUAUACAAUCAAAUGAAAAAUUGAAUAAAACCAUGGUAACAAAUCAAUUGAUUAUAAUUCAACAUGAACCAUUAAUACAAUUAGCUUAUUCAUUAAUUGAAACAAUAUGGUGUUGUAUAAUUGGUUCAAAUAAUUGUGAAAAUUAUUUUUUAAUGAAUAAUGGUGCAACAUAUUUACUUAAUUUAUUAGAGUGGUACCCACUUGAAUCAAUCAAUCAUCUUUUAGGUUGUUUAGUAGAUUUGACAGAGAAUCCUAAAUGUUUACCAUAUCUAUCCUGUUGGUCUGGAAUUCAUCCAUUGAAUGAUAAUCUUUAUGAUAAUGAUGAUUAUGAUAAAGAUAAUAGAUUUGCAUUGAGUAACACCAGCAGAAAUCCAAUGAAACAACAAUUAAGUCAUUUAGAAUUAACAACUUCUUUAUUGAUUAAAUCACCUGACCCUGUUGUCUCAACUAGAUUACACAAAAUUAUUUCAAACACUACUAAACAUACUACUGAUAACAAUAACACUAAUAAUAGUCAUAGUAAUCAGAUACAUUUAAACACGGCAAAUGAAAAAGGAGUGAAUUCAAAAGAGACUUUCAAUCAAAAUUCCAUAAAUCCUUGUGAAAUCGAAGAAGUUAAUGAUGAUGAUGAUGAUGAUGAAGAAUCUAUUAAUAUAUGGUUAAAUGGACCUAGUUUAGCACAAUUACUCUGUUAUAUUUGGAGAUGGGAAGAGAAAAGAUUGAAAAACCUUAAAAGUCAACAAAAACAAUUUCAUGUAGACAACGUACAAGAUCCCUCGGAGACAUCAGCAAUGAAGCAAAACACCAGCCUUCAAAUGAAUAUAUACGCUUUGUUUUUACGACUUGGUUUUAAUAAUCAAGAGAAUCUUACAUAUAAAGAUCAAAUUACAUUGAAGAAAAUAGAAUCGUAUCUUGAUUUGAAGGAACUACUUCUAUCAAUUUGGCGUUCAUCUUGGACCGAUUCAUAUAUCUGCCUGGUCCUACGGUGUAGCUGAUUGACUGACUGAUUGAUUUGUUGACUACUGAAUAAGUCACUUAGCUUCAUUCAUAUAGUAUACUUUGACCAAUGAUUAUAUUAAUAUUCCUAUUCCUUUAUUAAGGUUGCUGAAACUUGGACAAAUAUACAAACUGAUUUAUAUAAUCAACAAAUUCGUCCAAUUACACCAGAUAAAGAAUUGUUGUCAUGUAUAUCGGAAUGGUGUAAAAAACAAAUCGAUAAUGUACAAUAUAAACAACAAGAAAUAAUCAAUUCUACACAAACUUAUGAAUUAAGUGAAGAACAAAAAUAUUAUUCAUCAAUAAGAAAAAUUAUACGUAAUCAAGAAUAUGCUAUGGAAAAUUAUCAUGACUAUUUAGCAAGAACAUCAAAUCAUCAAUACCUUAAACAAGCUCGUAUUAAACAAUUAUCUGCAAUUAAUGCAUCACGUAUUGGACGACUGAAUGAUCCAAUUAAAACUUCAGAUCUCAAUGUGGAUAUUCAAAAAAGUAAAGCAGAAUCAGAUGAGAGCAAAGGUCAAUUAAGUAAAUGUUCAGUUCAUGAUAAAGAAUACAGUAUAUAUCAUAAAACAGAUAUUGAUAAGUUGAAUGUGACAGCUUUCUGUUCACAAACCAUUAACAUUGACUCAACACCAAAACACCUAUUUCAACAUCCAAGUAAAUUUGAAGAAGAAUUAAUCAAAUUAGUAGAAACAAAUGAACAAUUACAAUUAAAUGAUAGUGAUAAUAGUGAUAAUGAAAUAAAAAAUUAGAUUUGAUCAAAUAAAAUACAAACAAUGUCUUAGAUAUUUUCUUUGCUGAGGAGUCUCACACUGCGACGAAACAGCCAUCCAGUGCUUCCAGGUUUUC